UCACCACACUGCUUCCUUAUCUCAUUCAUAUAUAUAGAUAAAUUGAAAAUAAAUAAUUAGUAUCUUCUUUUGAACUAUACAUCCCAACGAUAAACAUGUGGAUAAGAUUUUCUUUGAGAAUUUGUCUGAGAUUUCACGCAGUAUAUAUUAUCUUCUGCUGAUUCUCACUUUCUACUGCAUUUUUGCGCCAAGAAACGCCAGACUGUUUGUCUUCCGGGCUCCAGCGCUCAGUUUAAAGUGCAAAUAGUUACUCAGCUCGAGAUGUUUUCGUCAUCCUUGGGCGUAGAGUUAGUGGUGAUCAAGAGGUUGAGAAGAUAAGAGACAUUGUAUACAAUUUCUUGGAGGGAACGAGAACUCGAGUGUGUGCUGCUCUGAAUUUCGUGAAUGCGUCAGAGAGAGAAAUUUAAGAGCUAAACAUUGAAACGAUGGGCUACCUAGAGGAAUUUGACAAAGAUAGCUCCAAUUCUAAGAUAAAAAGCAAAAGCCAAGCCAGCACUUUGGUCCUCAAUGAAAGACAGGAAACAUCCCAUGGUGAGAAGAUUCAAGUUUAUCCAAUUCCAGAGUCUACUCUGUGUACUUUCUGCAUGAAUGGGGAGAGUUGUAAAAUUGUUCGCUCAAGAACGAAGCUGAUGAAUGUUUUGUUGGAAAAGGGAAAGCCUCAGGAAGCCCAAUCAGUUUUCAAUAAUUUGAUUCAAGGAGGACAUAAGCCAUCUCUAGUAACAUACACAACACUUUUAGCUUCACUAACUGUUCAGAAACGCUUUGAAUUCAUUCAUUCGAUCAUCUCUCAAGUACAAAACAAUGGAAUGGAGCCAGAUUCAGUGUUCUUUAAUGCUGUUGUUAAUGCAUUCUCUGAAUCUGGGGACAUGGAGGAAGCCAUGAAAAUGUUCUCAAAGAUGAAGGAGCAUGGAAUGAAACCCACAAUCAGCACAUUUAAUACGUUAAUUAAAGGAUAUGGGAUUGCUGGAAAACCCGAAGAAUCUGUGAAAAUAAUGGAGCAAAUGAUGAGGGAAGAGAAUAUAAAACCCAACCUGAGGACGUAUAACGUUCUUGUCAGGGCAUGGUGUAGCAAAAAGAAUAUGAAAGAGGCUUGGAAUAUAGUGUCCAAGAUGGUAGCUUCCAGCAUACAACCUGAUGCUGUUACUUACAACACAUUAAUGACAGCAUAUGCUCAAAACAUGCAAACAGAAGAGGCUGAAAAUGUGAUUCUAGAGAUGCAGAACAACAAUGUGCUGCCAAAUGAAAGAACUGGUGGCAUCAUAAUUGCUGGAUACUGCAAAGAAGGUAGAAUAAGGGACGCCUUGAGAUUUGUUUACAGGAUGAAGGACCUUGGCUUACGUCCUAAUCUUGUUGUUUUCAAUUCAUUAAUCAAAGGAUUCCUUGACCUGUCAGAUAGAAAUGGGGUUGAUGAGGUUCUGACAUUGAUGGAAGAAUUUGGAGUCAAACCAGAUGUGAUUACUUUUAGCACCAUCAUGAAUGCUUGGAGUGCUGCAGGUUAUAUGAUCAAGUGUCGGGAAAUUUUCAAUGACAUGGUGGAAGCUGGCAUUAAACCAGAUGCCCAUGCGUACAGCAUUCUGGCUAAAGGUUAUGUACGAGCCCAAGAACCAGAAAAGGCUGAAGAACUCUUGGAUGCUAUGAAAAAAACAGGUAUUUGCCCAAACGUAGUGAUCUUCACCACGGUUAUCAGUGGCUAUGGAAGCUCUGGUUCCAUGGACUCUGCAAUGAGGGUUUUUGAAAAGAUGAUCGAAUAUGGAAUCUCUCCAAAUCUAAAGGCUUUUGAAACCCUGAUUGGGGGUUAUGCGGAAACUAAAAAGCCAUGGAAAGCAGAAGAAAUGUUCCAGCUCAUGGAAGGAUUCAACGUUCGUCCCCAGAGAAGCACCUUCCUGUUGGUUGCAGAAGCAUGGCGUGCUGUUGGAUUAACGAAAGAGGCAAAUCGAGUAAUGGGCACGUUUAAGAAGCAAACUACUGUCCAUCCAGUGGAAACACAGCAUGAGGCGCCAUUGGAGAGCUUGGAGAAGAUUUACCAAAAAGAAGCUGAUCACUCAUCGUCCUUCUCAAGAUUGCAGAUACCAAACAUUGUUGUAAGCGAUCAGAAGGGGUUGACUGGUCCAACCAAGAGCCGGAUGGUACUAAGAGAAGCUGAGUUCCCAUCAUCAGAGAGCUUGCGUUCUACCACUAAAGCCAUGAACCUUACUUGCAGAUUCGGGGAACGAGCUCCAAUGGUGAGCCGGAGGCAUUUUCAUGCACAGCUCUGCGUCUCCGGCCCGUUUGCACCUUUAUGUACAGUCCUUUCAUUGAACUGAGCAACAACCCUUGAUGCAAAAGAAGGCUUUUGUUUCACUUCAGGAGCUGAUUUUGCAGACAAGGUUGUCUGACUGGUGUACAUAGAAAAUGGGAGGGCAAUGGUUGAUGUCAAAGCUCUGAAAGCCACAAAGUACUGUAACUCAGAUUAUGUGUUUGUUUCCUCUAUAGACAUAUAAAAAUCUUUGCUCAGUAAGUACUUUUAAAAAGCUUAUCUCAAACUAGUAACUAUCGUUGUUUUGCCAAAUUUUCUGUAUUUAAUCAGAAUCGAUGACGAUUCAUAUUUAUAAGGGCUUUCUUCAUACCAA